UUGGAAGCGCAUAGCAACCGGCGACCGGGCCAGAGCAGGACAGAAGGUCCGCCAGUGGCAGGAAAUCUGACAUUAGGAAACUUGAAGGAUAGGCGCCCAGUUAAAGGAAGUAGCACCCAAGGCAAUCCCCAGAAGCAGUCAUUUUCUUUUAAAUCUGGCCUAUGUUGUUGUAGUUGUUCCGGAGUCCCAGCUUGCAGGAAACCUCGACCUUGAAGAUGGUGAGUAGCCAGCCAAAGUACGAUCUAAUACGGGAGGUAGGCCGAGGUAGUUACGGUGUUGUGUAUGAAGCAGUCAUCAGAAAGACCUCUGCAAGAGUAGCAGUGAAGAAAAUUCGAUGCCACGCACCUGAAAAUGUUGAACUGGCUCUUCGAGAGUUCUGGGCACUAAGCAGUAUCAAGAGCCAGCACCCAAAUGUGAUUCACUUGGAAGAGUGCAUUCUACAAAAAGAUGGGAUGGUGCAAAAGAUGUCCCACGGCUCUAAUUCUUCCCUUUAUUUACAGCUUGUAGAGACUUCAUUAAAAGGAGAAAUUGCCUUUGACCCCAGAAGCGCCUAUUAUUUGUGGUUUGUGAUGGAUUUUUGUGACGGAGGAGACAUGAACGAGUAUCUGUUGUCUAGGAAGCCCAAUCGAAAGACUAACACCAGCUUUAUGCUACAACUCAGCAGUGCUCUGGCUUUCUUGCACAAAAACCAGAUCAUCCACCGAGACCUGAAGCCUGAUAACAUCCUCAUUUCUCAAAGCAGGCUGGACACCAGUGACUUGGAACCCACGCUGAAAGUGGCUGAUUUUGGUCUAAGUAAAGUUUGUUCAGCCUCUGGGCAGAACCCAGAAGAACCUGUCAGCGUAAACAAGUGUUUCCUUUCUACGGCAUGUGGAACGGAUUUCUAUAUGGCUCCUGAAGUAUGGGAAGGACACUACACAGCAAAAGCUGACAUCUUUGCUCUGGGAAUUAUCAUCUGGGCAAUGCUGGAGAGGAUCACCUUCAUAGACACAGAGACAAAGAAGGAGCUCCUGGGGAGUUAUGUAAAGCAGGGGACCGAAAUCGUGCCUGUUGGGGAGGCACUUCUGGAAAACCCCAAAAUGGAACUUCUCAUCCCUGUGAAGAAAAAGUCUAUGAAUGGACGAAUGAAGCAACUGAUUAAGGAAAUGCUGGCCGCAAACCCUCAGGAUCGUCCGGAUGCAUUUGAACUAGAACUCAGAUUAGUCCAAAUUGCAUUUAAAGACAGCAGCUGGGAAACGUGACCUACUGCUCAAAAACAUCUUAGAUGAUGUGCAGCUUCUGAGUCAACAGUGAUUCGACAUUAUGUGGCCGAAAGGAAGACGCAAGUUAGGCUCCACUUUCUAAGGGUUUAGGUUUUAUUGUGGGGUAAUUUCUUUUCUCUCAUUUCUCUUACUCCAUGCAGACCAUAUUAUUGUAUGUUUUGAAUGUGUAUUACCAAUGUGGGUGUAAAAUUUUUUUUAAUGAUCAUUGGUAAACGUUUGGCAGAAAAAAUUCCCUUAAGGGCCAAGCAGAGAAUAGAGUCCAAUUUUCUGGAAAUAUGUCUUUAAGUAUUUUAGACAUUCCUUGUCAGUAUUAGACAUUUCCAUGGAAGAAGAGGUUUGCAUGCUGGUAAUGCAACCUUUGAGGCUUUGUAAAGGAAACAUAUAUGUAUAUAUUUAUGUAUAUGUAAGUAUGUGAAUGUGUGCAUUUUGUAUUCCACAUGAAGAAAAUGCCACUUCUGCUUAAAUUAUUUGAUAGAAGUUGUGAGAUUUGCUGGUGAAAUUGGUGAUGAAAACUACAUAAAACCACCCCUCAGCUUCUACCCUGCUCCUCCCAGUACUGGAAACAUGCUAAGGGUAUUUGUUUGUUUUUUUGUUUUGGUUUUUGUUUUCCUUAGUAUACAUCUCUCUUUAAAGGCAUCAUUUUGGAGGGUCUAAAAUGGCUGGUUAAACAUAAUUGAAGCUAAGCACUUCCAAACUGGUGGAGUACGUCUGAGCUCUCCAGGGCCCUGUAGCGCUUUGAGUUGAAUUAGUCAUGCAGUCACAUGGUAAAAGGUUGGUUGGCAGGGAUGCCAAUGGCUCAGUCAUUACCUUUAGGUAACUGAGCAUUUGUUUAAUGAAACCACUGCACUGGAAUGUGUGUGCACUUGAGCAUCUGCCAUGUCUCAGCAUAAAGUUGAAGGAACCACAUGAGCUCACCCUCCAGUUGCUGGCCCUGCUGUGGCUUCCUGUUGAAUCACUGGAGUCCCUGUAACUUUGGCAUUGAUACUGUUUUCUCUUGUCUUCUGUGAGACAGCAAUGGGACUGGUAAUCACUGUCAUAAAUAUUGGUUGCUUUUUUACAAAGUGAGAGAUGAUGACAAGUCUGGCAGGUGGAUAAAAUUCUAUGCCAUCAACUGCUUUUCGAGUAGAAAAGUUGUUUUCAUUUGGUCACUGGCAUUGUCUGUCAGAAAGCAAGAGACUCCUAAUUCCUCCUGAGUGAAAUUCUGACAGUGUGCUGGUCUCCAGAUUGUUCAUACUAAUGCAGGAAACAGAGGAAAGGAGUCUUUCCUAACCAGAAAACCAGUCUCUAGGAUGAAUUAGAUUCUAAAGCUUUAUAAAACUCUAAGAUUCCACCUCCAGUGCGGGGGUAGAACCCUGGGCCUUGGGCAUGCUAGGGAAGCAGUCUGACCCUGCUGGGAUCUUUGUCGAGCGAGCACUCAGAUGCAAAAAUCAAACGCUUACUGCUCUCAUUGGCUCCUCAACACUUGAACCUCCACACCUCCACGGGGCUAUGUAGCUCAGGGGAAAGCACUUGCCUGGCCUGUGGAAAGCCUGGAUUCAGUCCCUAGCCCCUAAAUCAGUAAGUCAAUAAAUAAAAUGUGUUCAGAGGGUAAUAAGAGAUAACAUACCAAAAAAUGGAACGUGUAAAACUUCCAGAUUGAUUAACUCUGGAAGCUUAAAAUCAUGAACUGAAAGACUUUGUUAAAAUCUCAUGAAACGAAAAAAUCACAUACACCUCAUAUCAUUUGCAGACUAUUUGUUUCUAAAAUAGAAGUGUGCUGGACAUUCAUGGUAAUUGACCCUCUGGGUCACCAAGUUGACACAGAUCUGAGCAGAGGACUGAGUUCCAGGAAAUUAGAAGUCCCAUUAUAAUGUAGGAUCAGUGACUUGGUACUCCAUUAGAUUGAUAUGUGAUUUUUAUGCCAACAGUUCAUUUGCUCUACAAAUACCUGUGCACUUGAGUCCCCGGUGUCCUGAGCACAUAGCUUUUGCUCCCGUUUCCUUGAAAAUAAUGGGUAAUUUGGUUUGUCUUUUGGUUGGUCUUGGGAUCAUACCCAGAGCCUUACAUGUGCUACACAAAGGCUUUACCACUGAGCUACAUGUCUAGCCCCAGUUAUUUCUUUUGAGAGAUUUUUACCUGUGAAAUACAAUUCUUUCCUUCAUUAGAGGUAAGGGUGUGGUGUGAUCAGGAAAUUUCCAGAAUGUUCUCAAGUCCUUGUAUUCUAAAAUAGCUUAUGAUAUCAACAAAAGGAUAGUAAUUUCUUUGUCUUUCUUUGUUCUUUUUCAGUCAGAGAUAUUUAUUAAGUACCUACUGUGUGCUCAGCACUAAAGUUUAGUUGAUAGGACAACAGUUUAAGAUUACAGUUGGGCUGGACUGAUGACUCAGCAGUUUAGAAGACUUGCUCCUCUUGCACCCAUGUUGGGUGGCUCACAGCCACCCAACUCCAGCUCCAGGGGACCCAGUAUCCUCUUGCUUCCAUGGGCACACACCGUUUGUUAAAAAGUGCAUUUAGACAUGCGCUUUCUCCGAUCACCUGUAAGAAAUAAAAGAUUAAAAAAAUUUUUUUGGAUAUUUGCUAAAAGAAAAAUGCAAUCAAGAAAUUGUGCACAGUGCCUUGCCCAUAAUAGGUACUCAAUAAACAGUUAUUCCUCAUAGUCUGUUGCCAUGGUUUCUAGUGUUUUAUGAAAUUUGUCUUAAUUGAAAAAGACCAAAUAUUUCAAAUAAGGCUGAUAGGCAGCUGUGUCCAGUCACUGUAGGGUUGUACAGUUAGUUCCUAGGAUGUUAUUUUGCACUAGUCGUCACUUAGAAACAUGGGAUUCUGUAGAUUCUUGGUGCUAAGGGAUACUUUGUCAUUUUGAUGAAGUAAGUGUUAAGUGUCAGAUAAAUAGCACAGAAUAGUUCUUUCUGCAGGUCUGGGUUUUUGUUUUGUUUUUCUUUGUUGUUUUUAAUUGUAAAAUGUUACCAAUCAAACUAUUGUAGCAGCUACAAAAUAAUUCACCAGCAUGACAAAAUAGUCAAAAAAAAAAAAAGAU